AAUAUUGUCUAAUAUUUGUCAAUUUCAUUUCCUUAUCUUAUACACGUUCGCGGAAAAAUAUUACCACUUUUGUAUGAAAGUUGCAGCCGUUUCACAGUUUAUAAAUUUUGUCGUUCAUACUGUUUGAAGAUGCUUUACAUACAUUAUUAUAAAUAAGUAAAAUAAGUUGAAAGAAGGGUCGUGCUGGUAACAUCUUGAAUGAUUUGAAGCCUUUUUAAUUUUACCGUCAGUAAGGAUGGCCGGUGGCGUUGCUUCCAUAUCGCAGGGUAGCUCCGAAAGCCGUGCUAACCCAACAUGCACAGUUUGUUCAUCACCAACAUAUUCCCGUAAUGCAAAUAAUGAUAAUUUUAUGCAAAUUAUACAUUCCGAAGCGUUGAUGAGGGGCCUUAAUGCGUUACGUUGUGCGGAAAAACUAUUCGAUGUUACUCUGAUUGUGGAAGGACGUAUGUUUAAGGCUCAUCGUGUUGUAUUGGCGGCGUGUAGUGAUUACUUUUGCGCCAUGUUCACGGAUGCCAUGCGGGAAGCUCAUCAAUCUGAAAUAAAACUUAACGGUAUUAACGCUCAUGGUAUGGAGCUGCUGCUGGAAUAUGCCUACACAUCAAAAUUGGAAUUAGAUCGAAAUAAUGUGCAAGAUGUUUUAUCUGUAUCGACGCACAUCCAGAUGAAAGCGGCCAUUGACGCCUGUUCACAUUUUCUUGAGUCACAAAUUGAUUUGGAUAAUUGUGUUGCAAUCGCUGCGUUGGCGGACUUGUACUCUCUGGAGCCCCUCAAAAAGAAGGCCUACCGCUACAUGUGUUCAAGACUUGAUGAGUUUGCGCAAACACCGGAUUUAUUAAGUCUCACAUUGGAUCAAUUUGAACAUGUACUCGCUUGUAAUUACCCGGUGGAUUGCUCAGAACAAAGAGUUCUCGAAAUAGUACUGGAAUAUUGUUUAGAAACUGAUCUAAAGCCAGAGCUGACACGACGUAUCUUUGGAAAGGUACAAUUUUAUCAAAUCGGUGCGUGUGCGCUGAAUGCCAUUAAGUCCAAAUGGAAUGCAGAACCUGAACCGAACUCGAUUGCUUCGGUCUACUACCGGAUGUUGAAAGAUGAAAUGAUUAAGCAAGAAAUGUUGAAGUUGCGGUUAUCCGAUGCUUAUGCAGAUGAUUUACUUUCCGCGGAGGUGUUAACGAACACAUUAAUUCUAAUGAGUGAGGAUAAAUCUAAAGGCAGUAAUAAAUAA